AUGUUGCUUGAAGAUCAACGGUAUCUCCAUGAGGACCUGGAGCGGUUGGAACAGGCUGUCGCUGAUCGCGUGGCGGAGGAGCCGCGAAAUGUUCGUGAACGCCUAGCCCGUGAUCAUGAAGUCGCCAAGUUCCUUGACAGAAUUAAGGAGCAAUCGAAGCGACUCCUCGAAAUCUACCAGGACAUCGAUGGGCUACGAGAGAAGGAAGUGCAGUCAAUCUCGACUGGCGAUCAGUUCGAAGAGUUUUAUAGGCAGUUCGCCGAAAUCAAAGAUUUCCACAAGCGUUACCCUAAUGAACCUACCGAAAACCUUGAACGUGCAUACAAGCGCCAUGAGCCCGGCGAAGGCGAGUUUUUGGGGAUGGAGAUCGACAAUAUGUUCAGUGGUGAAGAAGGAUUUGGACAGUAUUUGGAUCUUACGAAGCCUCAUGAGGACUACCUGAACCUUCCCGGAGCAAGGCGAUUGACCUACACUCAAUAUCUCGACAUCUUCGACGUCUUCACACCACCCACCCUCUCCAUCAAGCGCAAGGAUAAAAUCACCGAUCGGUACUUCGUUUAUGUUGGGGAGCUUGCCAGUUAUCUAGAGACUUUCUUGAAGAAAGUGAGGCCGCUUGAGGACCUGGACAAGCUUUUCGCUGGUUUCGACGAACAAUUCGAAAAGCAAUGGGCCGCAAAAAAGGUCCCAGGCUGGACUGAAGAAAAUACUGAGAACGGUACAUCCGGUCCGACAACACAGGGAACUGGUGAGGGCACUUGGUGCCCGGAUUGUGAGAAAGAGUUCAAGAAUGAGAACGUCUACCGGAACCACUUGACGGGCAAGAAGCAUAUUCGUGCAGCGGAAGCCCGCAAAUCUGGAGAGGCUCCAUCUGCAGCUCCAAGCAAGGGAACAUCCGCAGCCUAUAGUAUGAAGGAACGUGCAGUCGCAGAACGCGAACACCGAACUCGAUGCUUGACAGAUGUCCUGAAGACGGAACGACAAGCCACCAAGAUCAAUGUUGAGCGACGACAGGGUAUGACGGAACGUGAACGCCAAAUGGAAUUGGAAGCUAUUCUGGCCGAGCCCGAGGCUGCAGGUGCCGAAGGUCAAGCUGGAGAGGAGUCAGACGGUGACGACGAGGAGCGUGUUUACAACCCACUGAAGUUGCCUCUGGCUUGGGACGGCAAACCCAUUCCAUACUGGCUUUACAAGCUCCAUGGUCUUGGAGUUGAAUACCCUUGUGAGAUCUGCGGAAACUACGUGUACAUGGGUCGUCGGGCCUUCGACAAGCAUUUCUCUGAGUCUACUCACAUUUAUGGCUUGAAGUGCCUGGGCAUCACAUCUAACACUAAUCUCUUCCGGGAGAUUACCCGAAUCAACGAGGCUAUGGCUCUCUGGGAUUCGCUUGAGAAGGACCGAAAGAAGGACCGAGACUCUCGCGACAAUGUGGUUCAGAUGGAGGAUGCCGAGGGCAAUGUCAUGCCUGAACGGAUCUACUUGGAUCUACAAAAGCAGGGCAUUCUCUGA